GCAUUUUACACUGAGUUUCUGAACUGCCACCCCUCAAGCAAAACCUGUGUGGAAAGAUCCACUGGGAAGGAACUGACUGCUUAUGUUUCUCCAGUGUGAUGAAAGCACGUGGUACAGGACGUUUGCAGGUCUGAGCUAUCCCAUGCAGAAAAGAACAGCUCUGUUUGGAAAAUACAGUAGGAGCGGUACAAGAAAAUCGAAUUAAGUAAAGAAACUUAGGGAGUCGUCUUUGAUUGAUGAUGCUUCUUAUUUGCUCUUCAUUAUUCCCUGUGAAGGCGUAAAAAACUAUGAAAUUGGAUUUGGAAACUGGAUUAAGACAAAUGGCUCCUCAGAUUUUUUUUUACCUUCUCUCUUUCCAAUUUUCUUAGUAAAGCAUAUAGUCACUGUAUAAAGAGUCUGUGUUUACUACAUUAAAUCUUCCUAAAAAGCGUGCCUUUGAGGUUUGAUUUUAAGAAUUAGUUUAGAAGAUGCGGAGGCAGGGUAUACCUGCUAACUGUGUUAUGGUAUUUGUCUCUAGAUAUUUUAUAUGCCCACUUAUUUUUAUUAUUAUAGAGCAAUGAAGUAAAAAGGGAACAGAAUGCUGUUUUUCUUAAGGAAGUUUUUUUCUGCCUGCCUGUCACCCUGGUCUUUUUUUCUCCAGGUAGAGUUUACUAUAUUCCCAUCUGAGCUAUUGUGCUACUCCUCCAAAUAUUUUUAUCAGGGACUUGUAGAUAGACACACGAGUCCCUGUUAACUAGACCGCGAACGCCUUGAAAGAAGGAAUUGUUUAUUUAUUGUUAACUUUGGCACCUAAGACAAGGCCAUGAACAGUGUUUGUGGAGUGACUGAAUCAUUCAGUCAAUCCAUCAGUCAGUCAAUGAAUCAGACACCUACUGUGUCCCUAUCAUCAUCUUAGACAGGAGGGAAAAUAUUUAAGAAGUAUAAGAUGUGGUCAUAUCCGCUCUGGUGCUGCAUAAAAUCUAGCUGGGGGUUAGAACAGCUUAUGUGAUGAAAUAAGAGUGGACUACAACCCAAAGAAUAAAAUAAAUCUCCAUGAGUCCAUAUUGAUAGAAAUAAAUAAUUGAAUAAAUAAGUAAGUAGGGCCAAAGAGUUCUCCUUAUGGAAGAAUUCCAAUAAAUAAACAAAUAAACGAGAGGCAUCCUUAGAACCCAUGGCAGUAGAUCCACGGCAGAGGUCCACUAAUGAAUGCUGGGAUUGGUGGGCAAAAGAUUAAGUGGAAACGGGAUAUUUGUAGCAUUUUAAAGUAUCUCCCUCCAAAAUACCUAGUAAUAACAAAAAGAAAUAUGUAACUCCACCUGGAAAAUCCUGACAGACUCGCCUUAACUAAGUGAGUAAGAUUUAUCAUUACCAAUAGUACAUACUGACAUUGGGUGCCCCUUCCUAGGAAAUGCUGAGAAGGACGCGCCACUGCUGUGUCCUUCCCACUCCUGUGUAAUCCCGCUCUCAUCCAGAGAAAAUAGCCAACCCAAGGCGAAGAACAUUCUAGAAAACAGCUGACUGACAAGUAUUCUUUGAAAGGGUCAUGGUCUUAAAGAUAAGGAAGGAUUGGGGAACUGCACAGAUUGGAGGAGACAGGACAUGUACAUGUCAUGUGAAAACCUACAUGGGCUCCUGAAACAGAAAAAGGGUGGGAGUGGAAAAACUGGUGAAAUCCUAAUAAAUUCCAUGAUUUAGAUGGUAGUGUUGACCAAGCUUAAUGUUCUAGUUUUGAUCGUUGUCCCACGAUUAUGUAAGACUUGAACAUAAAGCCUGGUGCUGGGGACAAGGCAAUUCAGUACUAUUUUUGCAACUGUCUAUAGAUCUAAAAUUAUCUUUAUGAAAAUCUAGCUGAGGACACAGUACCAAUCCCCAAGAGGCAAUUAUGGAGCAAUACAUGACAGUAUACAACCGAGACUUUGCGGUGGGUGGGAGGCAAGUGUGGGUCAAUGGGUAUUGAGAGGAAGGGGGCAUGGCUGGGAGGCAUGGGGUCAGGGAGAGUUUCAUAGGAGAAGCACCUUGAAAGGAGGUGUAGAUAUGUUGGGUGGUACUAACAGGGGUCGGUCUGGGGCCACCUGGGGGGCCUAGUCGGUUGAGCGUCCUACUCUUGAUUUUAGCUCAGGUCAUGAUCUCAGGGCUGUGAGAUCGAGCCCCACGUUGGGCUCCGUGUUCAGUGGGGAGUCUGCUUGAAGAUUCUAUCCCUCUCCCUCUGCCUCUUCCCCCCCUUCACGCUAUCUCUGACUCUCUCUCUCUCAAAUAAAUAAAUAAAUAUUUAAAGAAAAGAAAAGCAAAACAGGGAUGGGUCUAGGAGCAGGGGUACCAGGGACAAAAGCUCGAGGGAAGGAUGCAGACAACCUGUGUGGGAUAGGUGGAGAGGCUGGUCCAGGGAUGUGUGCGUUAUUGCUGGAGAUCAGUAUGAAAAGAAGCUGGGCCCCUGUGGGGAAGAUGGAGUGGAGAUCCACAGAAUGAGAUAUCAGAGUACGAAGUUCAUGGGGGCAGGUGACACGGUUAUAAAUUCUUGCUCAAGGAUGUGACCCAGUGAGAUGGUACAUAUGUAAAAUUGGUGAAAGCAUAUCCAGGUAGCUGGGACUCGGGAAAGAUGAGGGCAUGUGAGUUAGGAGUUAGAAUAGGUAAUGAGGCCUUGUAGACACGCCCAGCAAUGGUCCCUCCCACUGUGUUUUUCAACAUUGCAGUGGACAGUGAGCCCCUGGGCCAUGUCUCCUUUGAGCUGUUUGCAGACAAAGUUCCAAAGACAGCAGAGAAUUUUCCUGCUCUGAGCACCAGGGAGAAAGGAUUUGGUUAUAAAGCUUCCUGCUUUCACAGGAUUAUUCCGGGCUCUCUGCGCCAGGGUGGUGACAUCACCCGCCAUCAUGGAACUGGCGGCCGGUGCAUCUGUGGGCAGAAAGCUGAUGAUGAGAAUUUCAUCCUGAAGCACACGGGUCCUGGCGUCUUGUCCAUGGCAAAUGCUGGACCCAACACAAACGGUUCCAGGGUUUUCAUCUGCACUGCCAAGACUGAGUGGUUGGAUGGCAAGUGUGUGGUCUUUGGCGAGGUGAGCGAGGGCAGGAAUAUUGUGGACACCAUGGCACGCUUUGGGUCCAGGAAUGGCAGGACCGGCAAGAAGAUGACCAUGGCUGACAGUGUACAAAUCUAAUAAAUUUGACUUGCGUGUUAUCUUAACCACCCGACCGUUCCUUCUGUAACUUGGGAGAGCAUCCCAUUAGCCCCCACUGCUUAAAAUGUCCUAUAAUCUUUGUGCUGUCGCUGCAGUUCUUUGGAUCCAUAUUUUCCUUCCUCCCCUCCAAGUCUAGCUGGACCAGAGAGUUAGGUUUAUGAUAAUGAAAUAAAAAGUGAAUAGCAACAGACCUCUUCUCACAAGAGGUUGUGAAACACUAUUCAUCUGAGGCCUUGUCUGGGGGGUCAGAAAAAAGAAGCAGCAACAUUAUAUAAAAGCAUUUGAAGAGGUAGACUUGUAGAAUGUAGUGAUGGAUGGAUGUGGGGCAUGAAGAAGGAGGAGUCAAAGAUGAUUCCCAGGUCAGGCUCACAGGACAGACAGGUGAUGCGGGUGUCCGUAACUGAAAUAAUUCCUUCAGCAGAUAGUUGAGGGCCUACCUUGAGGAAUUAUGUAUUCUAGGCAAAGAAGGAGGGUGAAAAAGCUGCCUAUGAAACACAAGCAGGAAAGCCCAUGGCUUGAGCUGGACUGAAUGGCUUCAUAGAUGACCAGCUCAGACCCACCUACCGGGGAUGGAGGGGUGGGUGGAUACAGUGGUCCCUGUCCUCCAAGUGAAAAGAAGGGAGGGGAUUGAGGGGAUUGCUGUCUUCCUAACAGCAGCCAUGAACAGUGUAAGAAUAUUUUUUCAAGUUGGAGUUUCUCUGUGCUUAAUAAAGAUGUCAAGCCUACUGUUCUUAGUCUACUCACCAGAAAACCUAUGAAAUCACCAUUCUGCUUACGAAAAGCCCACACAUACUCUUUUCACUCUGCCAAGAUAGAGAUCUCUGGGUUCCAACAGUCCCAAACAUGAAAGUUAAAACACCAUAAAGGCACAAGAAACUUUAUAGAAGACACAGAAAAAUAAGUGUGUGGGCUGAAGUUUCAAGCUCCCGAUCUUUAAACACUGUGUCUUUUGGACUUGUUUUAGAUAAUGGUGCCCGUCGAGCAGACCCUUAGUUAAUGUUCUUCUGGACAGAUUUGGCUAUGUACUUCUCUUGGGCUUGUCCCUUCUCUGUGUUACUUAGCAAAGGGUUUCUGUAUCCUUUAUUCCUUUGUUUUCAUCAUUUAUUUCACAAUUUCACAAUGUAUAUAUGUAUACACACACAUCCAUAAAUGUAUGUGUGUAUAUAUAUGUGUGUGUGUGUGUAUUUUAUCUCUGCAACAAGCUGGUAGCCUUCUCUUCAGCAACUAUGGGCUGUUAACCCACACGUCAGAAUCAGUCUUGGGGCUUGGGGAAUGUCAGGAUAGGGGCAGAAGAGUGGGUGUAUUCACUCUGUGCACACUUGGACUUGUGCAUUUGAUUAUGGCUGGUAGUAAUUGGAUUUACAUGUUAAAGGUCUUCGAAGAUUUCCAUUCCUCUUAGAAUCAGCAUUUUAAGUUAUGUGUCUUCAACAUUGAGUUCUUAUGCCUUUUUUGAUAUCAACCAAUGAGUAGACAAAAAUAGACAAUAAAUAGAAAUUUUAUUGAGACUAGGAAACUGAAGAGCACGUUAACGCCUUUUGCGGUGAACUGUACAUGGAAAUUGCUCGGUAUUCUUACCAGCGUGCAGUGGUGAUGGUUCUGAUUCUAGUCGAGAAUGAAGCGUUGUGUAUCACUUCUGCAGCAUGUAAAUUUCAGCUCAGACAUCAUCUUAAGGAUGAAAGCUCUCCAUGAACCACGAACUGCCUACAGUGUAUUUAAAACAUGGUUUAAAUGGCAGUGUGUUUCAUAAUACGAAUAGAUGUUUUGUGUAGGAUUAAAAAGAAACGAUGUCUUUCAUAGAGGGGACAUUGGCAGGGACACUCUGUGAGGUGACCACGAGGUCCCCUGUAUGGGUCCACUGUGGAAGCACAUACGUUCAAACUCGGAGGAUGAAGAAUCUUUUUAUGGUCUUUGUAUGGGCUUUAGUGUUUUUUUCAUAGGGAACAUAGUUCUAAAUUGUAAUUAUAGUCAGUGGUUCUAUGUAAAGGUUUCAUAUAAGGAUACUUACUUUGUGCACGGGUUCUUUCUCCAGUGCCAUACAUGCCAGUCAGCGCCAUAUCAGAGUGCCUUUUCAGAGUGCCCAAUACAUCUGAGUAGAGUGCCUUUAGUACAGGGGCUGUCCGCUUUUCCUUCGGUGGCAGAAGUCGGAGUCAUAUGCUGAACUUAGGGAACCAUUUUGGACUUAUUCAGAAAGUUGCAAGGUGAAGGCAGGCAGAAUCCCUGCUCUGUAACCCUCAGUAGAGCCCCAUAGGGAUUGAGAAACCUAUCAGGCUAUCCUUUGUCCCAGAAUUCAUACAAACAUAUUAUACAAGUUAAUUUUUUUUUUUUUAAGAGAGAGAGCAUGAGUGAGGAGGAGAGGGGCAGAGGGAGAGAGCAUCUUAAGCAGACUCCAUGCCCAAUGUGGAGCCCAAGGCAGAGCUCGAUCUUACGAUCCUGAGAUCAUGACCUGAGCUGAAAUCAGGAGCUCAAGGCUUAACUGACCGAGUGACCCAGAUGCCCCCAUACAGGUGAAUGCUUUCAUUUUUCAGGAUGCCACAUGGGAAGUGAAUAGUCAUUUAACCUAGUGGACCUUUCGGAAAUUCAACAGAGAUGAGGGUGGAGCGUGCCAGAAAAUUGCCGCGGAAGAAGCAAGGACCAAAAGCCAAGUUUUAGGAGUGAACAAAAUCAAAGUUCUAUCUUAAUUUAGAGUUUGUAUUAUACCCUGUGACAUUCAAUAAUGUACUAAGGGGGAUGCGUACAGAGCAAGAGGUGGGCGUGGUUAUGGAUUCCUUCCCUUCUUCACUGUCAUCUUCUCUUCUCUCGCUGCUCUUCUCCCCUUCCCCAUGAAAAGUAAACUGAAUGAAUAAGAAUGAAGUGAGUGAGCUGAUUUAACAGCAUUUCACGUGAUGUCACUUCUAUGAAAUUUGUCAUAACGAGACUAUGAUCCUAGGUUUCUUAUCCAGUACACAUACUUUUGCGACCCUAACCUAUUUAUGAAAUCUGCAAAUAGUCAGAAAAAGACUUCUCAAGAAGGAGAAGAAUGACUGACAAAACGAUCCUAUGCUUGACCCUGCGGAUGAGGCCCCAAGAUGCCCAGAACCCUGAUGGCUAGGCAGGGCUCUUGAGAGUAAGGUUAAUGAUGUAAUGAGUUCACUGAUCCCGUUCCCCAAGUAGAUUAAAAGGAAUAAGGGGGCUUUCUAGUGUUAACGAUAUUGACCACGGUGAAGGAAGGAGAAAAACUAGAAGCAUUAUAAAAUCUCAGCAGGGUGGGGCCAUUCUUUUUUUUUAAAAGAUUUUAUUUAUUUAUUUGACAGAGAGAGAGAGCAGGAGCAGGGGGAGUGGCAGAGGGAGAGGGAGAAGCAGGCUCCCCACUGAGCCGGGAGCUCAUCCCAGGACCUUGGGAUCAUGACCUGAGCUAAAGGCAGACACUUAACCGACUGAACCACCCAGGCACCUGGGGCCAUUCAUUUUAAGAGACAGACAAACCUAGUGGAUUAUUCAGGGUAGGUGAACAUAAAGGGCCUUUCUCUGAGAUGCAACAAAGAGAAGAAAGCAUAGAGAGCAAGGAUGAUACAUUAAGAACCCCCGCCUGGUGAGAGUUAACUUCCAGGAUUCACUGUUGAGGGUGGAGGUAUCCACCCGGUGGAGAGCCCCAGACCCAGAGUCCUUCCAUCUCACAGCCCAGCCUUUCCCUGAGGCCACUGGGAGAGCUGAAGCUUUCUGUGCAAAGUUCAGGGGCAGAGAGAGUGUGAAAGAUCUCACUGGAGAUUUAUUAACGGAAGAGGCCUACAUCUCUCUUUCACGUUCCCUUGGCCAGAUUUAGUCAAAGAGACCUACCUAACAGCUGGGAGGGGUGGGAAAUGCCCACCCUUAUGCCUUGGGAGGACAAGGAAGCCAGUUCGUGGAACACUAACCAGCCUCACUGGGUACCUUCUUGAGCCUGAUGUCAUCCUUGACGUCCAUCCCAGCCGCAUCCUAGGGGCAUACCUGCAUGAGUACCCAGUUAUUUGCAGAACACCACAGCUCUGUCCUACGAAAAUCAGGAGCCCACUGAGUCAGCAUGUCAGGACUCAUUAUUCUUCAGACCCUCUUCCUCCGAACACCCAUUCCCUGAUGUUAUCUUCAGCGGGGAAAAAGAGCACGCGAUCAUGUCCAGCUCCACAUGGAAAGGCAGGGAACCUUCCAGAUACCACUGCUAGGAGAUGGCACCCCCACCACCAUCCUGGGCUUCAAUCUCUGCCGAUUGGUGAGGAAACUGCUUCUCCUUAAGUUCUUCCAACUGCAUGUCCUGGGUCCCGUUCCUGUUAACAUAACUAAAUUCCAGAGGAAUUCCUUAAAUUAUCCCAGUCCUUCCAAAUGUCUCGUUAUCUGUGUUCUAUACUCAGAGCUUGUUUUAUCCCCAUUGCACUCUCCAGAGAUUAUAUCUCCCACCAAACUCUGAAACACGCGUUUACUGAAUCGAACUCUCUGUAAGCUUUCGUCAGUUAUCUGAGCACAAGGAGGGGAGCUUGGGGAAGGGGGGGUGAGGGUUAACUAUAUAAAAUCAUUCUGGUGCUCUGUUCCUGGGGUUGCGAUGAAGUAUUUAGAUAGAGGGGUUGGAAUGAAAGUGGGGCCGGGAGGAAGUCUAUAAAGAGAGGCCGGCAGAUGAGGUCCAGGUGAGGAAGGUCCAGGUGAGGAAGGAGAAACUCUCUUCACCCUGACCUCCUCUCGAUUUCUGCACCUGUUGUUUGUUGUUCCCUGGUCAACACGGGGACAACUUGCUUGAGAGCUGUCAGUACUAGAAUUUGUCGACAUUAUGGGCUUAAUAGCUCUUGUUUGCCUUCCCAUGAAACGAAGCACUAUUUAUAAACUUCGUUUCUCUGAGAAAAUGGGUUUGGAGUUCCAACCGACUUACAAAUGAACUUUUUGUGCACAGAUCAUUCAUAAAUUGAGGACUGCCUGUACUGGGCUUGUAACCCAGAGAUAACAUUUAUCUGUGCUUUAUCAGUAUGGGCUUGUCAAGUUAACUUACGUUUACUCUUUUCUGCAUUCAUCUUGAUGAUAGCCUUGCUCUUAAAAUUUAAUACUGUCUUUAUGUUUGGAGAAACAUUUCCUUUGGAGGUGCCUCAAAUGUUCUCGUGAAUUGGAAUAGUGAUUUUGUUUUAUCUACCAAUUUAUCUUUAGUACAAUUCAUGGCUGUGAACAUCUUUUGCACAGGGAGUCUGUAAAUUGUAGAAAAAUUGAGAACUAUUUAAAGGAAGUGGGGGAAAAAAGAAUUCUUUGCUCAUAUUACCCCGGGUUGUCAGAUAUCUUGCAAUAUAAUUACUGUGUUGGUUUGUAAAGGUUAAAGAACGCUGAAGUUUAUAAUUCUCUUUUGUGUAUGUUCCACACAUACAAGAGAAAAAUCCAGCACAUCAAACAAAAUGCCUUGUUAACAUAAAAGUUCUGAGCAGUUUAUAGUUUGUCGACAAAGAGACAUAAUUCACGGAUUUUAUAUUUGCUUUUACAAAUACCUGAUGAAUCAGUUAUUUGCUCCAAGGAGCCAAUUUGCAGAUUACAAACCUUGUUUAUUUCAAAUCUGUUUAUAGGUCUAAUGUGUGCAUAGAACUAUUCUUGCUGGCAUCAUACUGUAAAGCAAAAAGGUAGAACCCUGGUCUUAGAGCUGCUCCUUCUUAGGGAACUCAGUAUCCACAUACAAGCGAAAAAUUCUGCUGUUAGCAGAGCCACUGACAGAAUAUGAUCACAAAUGUUACUGAUGCUGUUCUGUUAGGAAGCAGAAAUAGAAUGCCCAGGACGGUGCAAGCUUGUCAUAGUUAGACUGUCAGGGUGAUGUGCAUUGGAAAGAAUACUUUGUUCCCCCCUCACAUGCACCCCUGCAAUGGUAAGAAACUGUUUCAGCUGCUACUCUGAUUUGCACUGAGGCUCAGAUUCUGACGCUAGUGUAGAUAAAAUUUAGUGACUAGCAGUCAUGUUUAAUGGUCUUCCCCUCUGUUUAAGACAGUACUGUGGCCCUUGCUAGAAACAUUUCCUUUUAGUUUCACGUUUCUGUGUUUUGUUGUAUCUUUUGCUGGUUUUUCUUUACUGUCAAAACUAUGAGAACACUUUUGAUAUCAUGAUCUUUCUGCCCUCCCCAGUCUGCAAUCACUUUCUCCCAAGUUGUCCUCCUAGAUUUCAGGCACCUUUAUGUUAAAUGAUCAGUAAUUGACUAGUACCUUUGAAAGGAUUUAACAGAAAUUGAACUGCAAAGCUGUGGUUUAAUACAAAGAAGCCUACGUGAGUGUGAAAGAAAGCCCUUUAUGAACUGUAAAGUACCAUAGAAAAGUCAGGCCUUAUAAUUAAAUACUGUCAGGUUAUUACUGAGCAUUGACUGUCAAAACGUUUAAGAGGCAACUUAUAUUUUCCCCAUAAGUACACCGCUUAUAAUUUUCCAUGAGUAGCUAGAAGUUACUCCAAUACGGCAAGGGAGUAUUUGGGGGGAAUCCAGAGUUCUAAAAUGCCAAGAAAAGUCAUUAAUUAAGGGAGAACUCUGGAAGCUACCUCCUUAAGACCCCACAAGAAACAUGGAACCAUCUGAAUUUUUCAACCUUAGCCAAACAAAAGCAGAGGAGUGCAUUGUACUUCUUAUAUCUGGAUGCAAAACCAUGAAAUGCUGAAUGGAGACUAGAAAUGAUUAAGUUUAAUGGAUUUCUGUUUUAUGACCAGCUUGAGUUUACAGCUUUCUAGAUAUCUGGAGGUACAUGAAAGCUUUAUUGUUACGAUUCAAUUUAAAUCUUAUAUAAUCUGCUCUUAACUUCCAAUGUCAUGAAAAAAUCUUCUUUCUCUCUUUCUGGAGACUCCCCCCCCUUCCCUACCAGCUCGAGUCUUGCACUUUUCAGCACUGAUAGUGGUUGGGUUCAUUUGUAGAUUAUACACACCGAACGGGGUUGGCACCUCUUCGUGAAAAUUGGACCCAGUGGGCUACUUUACAGUCACGGAAUGUGCUCGUCUCCGUGGAAGUUUAUGUUUUAUAGCUGACAUGCCACUGACCAGAGGAACCUGUCAUAAAACAUGGCACGUCAUCUUCUGUUUUGUGCCUUCGGUUCUGAACAUUGAAGCUGAAACAUAGGAAGAGACUUUAUUGACCUCUAAAGAGACCUGAUUAACCCUACUUAGUAAAAUGGUUUUCAUGGGAAGUCUUUGAGAAAUGCAUUCGUGUUUGAUUCCUGGAAUGUUGGAAGACGAUAGGCAGUGUGUUUUUUGCGGUCAAAAGCCAGCAUUAUCCAGAGGCCUUUCACAGUCGUGCAGAGAUACCCAUGGCGGUUGGUUUCUGUUAUUGUGAUUAUGAUUAUGAUUUGUGCAAAUGAAUAAAUUGGCAUUCUGAUCUUUUUUAACUUAGGUAGUCCCUUAAAAACACUGUUGACUUUUGUGAAAAAGGUUCAUUUCCUGGAACCGAUAAUAUUAUAGGAUUGCUUUGUAGGCAGUUAUGGGCAUGUUUAUCAGAUAAAUCAAACAUCAAAUGGGCCAUGGGGAGUAGUUUUUCAAUACCUUAUCCUUGCAAUUUGUUCCCUAAAGAAAAUCAUGUUGCCCAUUAACUGGAGUAGUUUGGAGAAAGCAUUGCUUUUAGGCCUCCCGUCCUCAUGAUUUGGAGAAGCCUAAAACCAAUGCUCCAGAGCACCCCCUCAGUAUUUUCUUUAUAAGCUUUAAACUGGGUAUGAAAAGGCCUGUCCACUUUAAAGCUUUUGCCUGUGAAGCUCAAGCAGAAAUUGAUUUUUAACCACUGUGCUCAUGGGGAAACCAAAUGCAGUAGCCAGGAUUGAAAGAAGCAGAUUGAAAUAAAAAGCAAAAUAACCUCUCUGGCACCCACCUGACAUUGUCACCAGAGACGGAGGAUCGAUACCCUCUGAUGAUUCACAAUUAAAGAAAUUGCUAGAAUUCUGUAUCGCAUACGCUCUGCCCACCAAGACCUCUCACCCAGGGAAGACGAACAUUCUUGAUUCAGGAGAUGGGAAGCAGGAGGCGUUAAGAACUGUAUAGCUAACUUCUUAUUUAUUUAUUUUUUUAAUCUACAAUCUCUCCUUUUUGCUAUAUUCACAGAGUGGUGCAUUUGUCACCCACCCCACAAAGAAACCCUAUAUGCAUUAACAGUCACUUCCCUUUUCCCCCCAACCCUUCAGCCCCAGCUCCUGACAACCACUGACCCAUUUUCUCUAUCUGUAGAUUUGACUAUUCUUGACCUUUCAUUUAAAUAGAAUCAUACAAUACAAGGACUUUGGUGUCUGGCUUCUUGCACUUAACAUAAUGUUUCCAGGCUCUGUCCCCAAGUUAGCAGGUGAUUUCCUUGCUAUGACUGAAUAGUAGUCCAUUGUAUGGAUGUACCGCUCUUUGUUUAUCCACUCAUGAGUUGAUAGCCAUUUGGAUUCUUUCUCCUUUUUGGCUAUUACGAAUAAUGUUGCCGUGAACAUUCCCAAGCAAGCUUCUGGGUGGGCAUGUUUUCAUUCUCUGCGUAGCUGACUUUUAAGUGGUUAUGAGUUAAGACAGUAAAUGAUUUUUUCCCCUCUCAUUUGUUUGCUUCACUACUGUCUCUUCUUACCUAGCUCACUCUCCUAAAAAUAAUUUUCCUCGAGAGGGUGGUUGUUAGAAGAGUAAGAACCUCAAUUAACUUUUUACUAAUCCCCGACCACCAGACUCUCUCCUAAACACCAGGUCUGUGUUACAGCAUUUCUCAGAUCGUCCUCACUUUCCAGACGCCAGAGCUGGGGUCUAGAUGGGAUCCUAAAGCCUGAAGCUAUUCAGACGGGGAAGUGGGAGGAGCUGGGAUUUGGACCCACCCAUGUCUAUUUCGCUUUUCAUCACAUCGCUCUCUGCGGACUUCCUCAUCCUAAGAUUAACCCACCUGUUCAGACUCCUGUUCACCUCUCAGACGGUUCUCUUUCUGUUUAUGAGCCUCCCCUCCGUCUGAUUUGGUUGUGAAAAGUAAGAAAUGCCGUUCAAGACCCUUUAUCAUAUGCCCCUGGACCUGGAGCAGGCAUCCGUAGUCCCCCUUGACAAAGUGAUUGUUGCCCUCUCUGUCUGAGUGAGGGGCUCAGUCCAUCCUGGUGGCUCUCCUUACACUCUGCCCCCGCUCUCUAUCUCCUCACCUGAACCUCACCUCCUUCAUGCCAGACCCACACAUACUUCCGCACCUACAACCUGUUUAUACUCUUGAGUCAACGCGCUUUGCACCUGUCCAAAUCUGAAAAGCCUCAAACUCUGCGACUCCCUUCUCUGGACACAGCCUGGGGUCCCCUGCUUUUUCCUCCCAUCCGCUGCCCCUCCCUUCCCACUCUCUUUGAAACUUAUCAUCACUCCAGCUUUCUGCAGAGGAAUAUUUACUCCUCUUGCUUUUUGCAAAUCUCGAGACUUAAAUCCUUCACCUGUCUCUUGUCUUCGGUUCUGUGCAUUGCCCCAAUCUCACGCCCUCAGAUAUACCAGUGGGGCUGACCUCCCGUAUCAGAUACACUGCAUACCAGAUAUGUGGGGCGUCUGGUUGGGUAGGAAGCCUGAGUUUUAUAGAAUGUUUUUUGAAAUGCUUUUGAUUUUACAUUUCCAGGAGUCCUGCUAAGUUAUGUACAAGCCACACUAAUUGCUCAUUCCCGUUCCCUCCUUCAUGAACGCAGGAGAAGGGAACACAAGAAUGUCCUUUUUCUCAUCUAUAUAGGAGAGGAGGUUGAAAUUUCGGGCUAAAAGGAAGUUGCGGAUUACCUGUGAAUUUCAGCCACCUCUGCCCUCCAGCCUGCCAGGUCGACAAUGGAAAAAAGGCCUCUAAUGGCUAAGAAGGUCACAAAGGGGGGAAAAAUAGGCCUUGCCAGCUCUUUUGUGAUGAGAGAUGUGUGUCUUCAAGGGAAUCCAAAAAGUUGCUCUUGACAGAAGAGGUGACAAACAAAUGGAUUUGCUGCAGUCUCUGUGAGAGGGUUGAAAUGAAGAGUUUUGUUUGAGUCAGAAGCCCUUUACUUUUGCUGACCGGUCCGUUCUGCCUGAGCGCCCAGAGCUCCUUCAGACGGGAGUUGGAGAGGAGCCAGGCGGGGCCGGAUUCGUCUCAGUCCUCCUGUCUUUACCCCUCAUCUCCCCACCCCCUUAGAACAACCGCAUUAAGGGAAUGUCUGAUGAAUUCACUCUAGUGUUUAUCAGGACAUUUUUAUAGCUCUUUUGUUCUAAAUUUAACUGAUAGCCAGUGAGAGACUUAAUAAUUCAGGUAAGUAGAAAUGGGCAAAAUUGGCCUUUUUGUGUCCUGAGGACAAAUCGAAACAAACCUCCCUAGUUGGGACAUGUCCAUCUGUUGCAUUGGUCAAAUUUGAAUGAAUUAUGAAGAUGAAAUUAUCCACCUGGGCUUGGAGGGUAGUCCUGCCCACCCUGGGGGCGUGGGGGUGUAUGGGGGGAGGGCGGUCUUACCAAAGCCCCACAGAGAGGAAGCUUCACUGCAUGCGUCUAUUUUGCAAAAGUUAAGUCAAUCUCCUGGAGGGUCACUUGUGAGGGUUUUCUUUAAUUAUAAUUUUUUUCCUGAAAUAUAACUAUAUUAAAAAUAACCCCCAAACCUCUCAAACAUUAGAUCCCAUAUUUUGUUUAUUUCAUAUUCCAGUGUCCUUGCCAUCCUUGUUUUCUUUCUCUUAACUAAAAGAAUUAACUAAUUUGUUUUAAAUCACUAAAAGUAUAAAAGGUGUCCGAGGAAAAAUUAGUUUCUUAGUUCUGUUCCCGAGUCAUCUGAAUUCACUCCUAGAGACAAGCUCCAUUACUGUUUUCUUUUCUUACUGUUCCCUUACCCUGAAAUACCUUUCAGGAUAUUUUAAAACUAUAUAAGCAAAACUAUGUUUAAAAAAAAAACAUAAUGUUUAUAUCAUACAAACUGUCCUGCUCUUUACCUUUUUUUUUUUUUCUUAACUGCAUAUCCUGGAACAUCUUUUUGUCAGAACAGAGAGAGCAGCCUUACUCUUUUUAGUAUCUGAAUAGUAUUCGGUUGUAAGGUUUUGCUACACUAUUCUGUC